AUGAUCAAGCUGCGAAUAUCUGAAGAUCUAGGACGUGGAGAAGUUGAUUUUCCAACUUGCAGUGGAUUUCUAAUUUCCCCACGUCACGUUCUUACGGCUGCACAUUGUGCUACGAACUUCGACGGAAAGAAGAGCAAAUAUGAAUGCAGGGGAAGGCUAAAGAACUACCAACCAUCGGAAAAAAAGCCGGAAGACUUCGUCGUAUAUGUCGGCACCCGUUGCAACCCUCCUGAAAAAUGUAAUAUAACGUAUUCAGUUUCGAAGGUUUUUGUGGACAAAAAAUGGAAGCGGUGUGUGCGAUUCAGGAUUAGUGAGCUAUCGGUGACACAACACGACCUUGCUCUUCUCGAGCUCAGUAGAGAAGUGAGCAGCAAAGAUGCCAUUCCAAUUUGCUUACCACACAGCCAACUUGCAUUAGCAAAAGAACUCCAGGUCGCGGGAAGUGGUUCAGAAAGUCGUAAGUUUACAAUAUGUAAUACAAUGAAGUUUGCUGGCUCUCCUGUAGUAGCUCCCAUCUUUUACUGCAACUUAGGACCAGAAAAAAUAUCGCAAGAAUUAUGA